AUGACAGACGCUGUGCAGGAGACUGUCCAAAAUAUCAUGUCUGCGUCGGCGUGUGCAAAUAUAUGUGAGAGCACACCAGGUUGUGCUUCAUUUGGAUUUCGAAAAGCAUCACAACAAUGUGAUCUUUUGAACGGAACGCCGGAGAUCGUCAACAACAACGUCAGAUGUGACGUCAUAAGCGAAGAAGACGGGACCUAUUCCCCUACUGCCUGUGCUCUGACUGAUAGGUUGAACGUGACUGGCAGAAUAGAGACGGCUUCCAACUCAAGAGAUAAUCACACUUUCACGUAUGAUGGUGACUGGCUGAUCAUCAUGAGGCGCUACAAUGAUGACGUGAACUUUAACCAAAGCUGGACGUCAUACAAGCACGGGUUUGGUGAUCCAACCAAUCAGUUCUGGAUAGGAAAUAAGGUCAUCUAUCAACUGACCAAUCAAAAUAACUAUUCCUUACAAAUGGACCUACUUUCUUGCAACGGGAGGUAUUACUACGCAAGGUGGAGCCUGUUUAGGAUUGGGUCCGAGUAUCAGAAUUACAAAGUGAAGGACAUGUUGGUCGAAUCUUUUAACACGACCAACACGACUAAAGCCGUGGAAUCCUUGACGAAUCCAUUGGGAGCAAGCUUUUCAACAUAUGACCGGGCCCGAAAUACAAACUGCCCGAUUAGCUUCGGUGGUGGUUGGUGGUUUCGACAGUGUGCCAUGGUGUGUUUAACGUGUACAUACAGCCGCUGCCAGGAUUCUACGAUAUUUCCUGAAGAUAUGCGGAGAUUGUCAAUGAAAUUUGCUUCGGUGACAGGAAAUAAUUGUGACUACGGUUGUCUACUAAAGGCUGCUACCAUGAAAAUCAGGAGAAAUGCAUAA